AAACGAAGAAUUGGUAAAAAUUACUGCGCAGGAUGAUGGAUUUCAAACUCCGCCUCAUAAAUUUGUCAGUAACACAUACAAUCCAGCGAUAUCAAUUGAUGAGAACAUAUUAAGAAUGUCUUCUAAAAGUUUAGCGGAAUUAGAUGAAUCCAAGCACCUUGGGGAAUUUAUUCCACAUUUUAUAAAAUAUAAGAAAUCACAAAAAAAUAAUCCAUUUUCUGGGUUUUCAAAAUCUUUGUCACUUGUUGAAUAUAUGGAAUUACUAUCAAAAAAACCAAGGAGGGAAGUUGAAUUGCCAGAAGAUUGGUGUAAUAUUGUUGAAGAAUAUUUUAAG